AUGGCCGCCGAGACCUGCGUGGGGACGAUCAAGGCCCUGGACGCCGACGUGGGUUGGGGCUCCAUCGAGUGCGCUCAGACGAGGCCGCUCUACGACCGGGACGUCCUGUUCCAGGCCGCAGAUCUGCAGGGGCGCCAGGUGUCGGGCGGCGAGAUUGUGACCUUCCAGGUGACCAACGUCAGUGGCUCGCCCGUGGCGGUCAACCUGCAGUUCCUGCAGCAAGAGGGCCCAGCGGCGCCAGCGGCGCCGCGGCCGCCGCCGCCGCCCCCGCCGCCGCCCGUGCUCGCGCCGCACGCGACGCAGCCUGCGCAGGCUGCGGCGGCGCCGGGGCUGGCAGGGGGGCAGGGCGCCCUCCUCCUGGGGCAGGGGGCCAGCUACGUGGGCUCCGUCAAGAACUACAACCCGGUGAAGGGGUGGGGCUUCAUAGAAUGCCCCGAGACCGGCCAGGUGCUCGGGAAGGACAUCUUCUUCUUGAAGAGCGAGCUGAGCGGCGAGUUCCAGGCUUCCAGGGGCGACGUGGUGUCCUUCCAGAUCACGCAGGGCAAGAACGGCCCGAUGGCCCAGUCGGUGGUCUACCUCAACUCGGCGGCCUCCGCGGCCCCGCAGGGGUCGGGGCUCUACUCCGGGAUCCUGAAGACCUACAACCAGGAACGGGAAGGGGUGGGGCUUCAUCGAGUGCGACGCUACCAGGGCGCUGUACGGCAAGGACAUCUUCGUGAUGUCCUCGGAAUUCAAGGGGCUCCCGGUGGGCAUCGGCCAGUCCUUGACCUUCUCGGUGGCCCAGGAGGGAAGAAGGGGCCGAUCGCCUCCGACGUCCAGGUCAUCGGCGCCGACGGCCUCGCCGUGGAGGCGCCCGGAGGCAGGGCCGCGGAGCGGCUGUGCGGCGUGGUCGGGAGCUGGGACGAGGUGCAGGGGACGGGCCUCAUCACCGGCGAGGGCGUCACGUCCAAGUUCGCGGAGGACGUGCCCUUCUUCCGGGACGCGCUCGGCGGCAAGCCCAUCUUCACCGGGGACCAGGUGCGCUUCGCCUUCACGAUGGGCGACCAGGGGCCGGUCGCCCACGAGGUAGAGGCGCUGCCAAGUGGCUCCGUCGUCAGCAACGGCUGCCCAGGGCAGCUGUACACUGGCCACGUGAAGUCUUACGGCGCGGACAAGGGCUGGGGCUUCGUCGCCUCCGACGAGACGACGCGGCUCUUCGGGAAGGACAUCUUCGUCCACAGGCGAGAGAUCCCCGAGGGCAUCUGCCCCGAGCGGGGCCAGCAGGUGUGCUUCUCCGUGCGGCUGAGCGCCACCGGGCGCCCCGAGGCCACCACCGUGUCCUUCCCGGGCGCCGCCGCGGGUCUCGCCGGCCCUGGCGCGCCGGAGCUGGCGCUGCUGCAGCUGGCCGGGCUCGCGGCAGCGCCCGCGGCGGCGGCCGCGGGCGCUCGGCCGCCGCCGCCGCCUGAGCCGUAG